CGACAGCCCGAGCGUUCACAAGUGUUUUUGACCGCGGCCAUGGUGGAAAUGACGGAUAUCGUGUGCCUUCUCGUCCCGCUGGUGAUGCUGGUGGGCUCCAGCCACCAGACCGAUGCGAAGAGCGUCAAAGAAGCGGAUAAGACGGGGAAUUUCAUGGAAGACGAGCAGUGGCUGUCCACCAUUUCACAGUACAGCCGCAAGAUCAAGCACUGGAAUCGCUUCAGAGACGAUGAUUAUGUGCGUACCUGGGAUGAAAACCAAGGCUCCAGUGACAAUGUAGACACAACCAAGGACCCCUGUCAGAAGGUUAAGUGCAGCCGGCACAAGGUGUGUAUCGCCCAGGGCUACCAGAGAGCUGUGUGCGUCAACCGCAAGAAGCUGGAGCAUAGACUGAAGCAGCCUGCUCUCCGCUCUCCUGACGGAAGCUGUCAGCCCUGCCCCAUCUCCUCCACUGGGCCUGUGUGUGGCUCUGAUGGACACAACUACGCUUCUAAGUGCAAGUUGGAGCAGCAGGCUUGUCUUACAGGGAAGGAGCUGACGAUGAGAUGCUCCGGUCUGUGUCCUUGUCCCACCGCCGCUCCCGCCACCAAGGACACCAAACGCGAGAGCUGCACCGGGCAGGAUCUGGCUGAUCUGGGCGAGCGUCUAAGGGACUGGUUCCAGCUUCUGCAGAGCAACGCCAAACAGAACAACAACAGCAAGAGUGGAGCCAAGAGCAGCUCACAGAACUCGGCAUCAGUGCUGGACAGGAGCCUGGGGGCCAGCUGUAAGGACUCCAUAGGCUGGAUGUUCUCCAGACUGGACACUAAUGGAGACCUGUACCUGGACCAGGCCGAGCUGGCUGCCAUCAACCUGGACAAAUAUGAGAGCUGCAUCCGGCCUUUCUUCAACUCCUGCGACUCCUACAAGGACGGGAAGGUGUCCACAGCCGAGUGGUGCCUCUGCUUCUGGAGAGAGAAGCCUCCGUGCCUGGCUGAAUUGGAGAGAAUCCAAGUGCUGGACGGAGGCAAGAGGAAGUUGGGUCGAUUCAUCCCGAGCUGUGAUGAGGACGGAUACUACAGGAAGCAGCAGUGUGACCGGGGGGAGUGCUGGUGCGUGGAUCAGGAGGGGGGAGAGGUGGCGGGCUCCAGGAUCCGUGGCAAGCCUGAUUGUAAUGAUGAAAUGACAUAUUCGGGCGAUUUUGGCAGCGGGGUCGGAUGGGAGGAUGAAGAGGAGAAGGAAACCGCGGAGGAAGCCGAGGAAGAAGAGGGGGAGGCGGGAGAGGCGGACGACGGAGGGUAUAUCUGGUAGGGCUGGGAAUGUGUAUCCAAAAUAUCGACAUUAGGAGCGUCACUACUGUUCCAGACAACACGAAAAUCUCAGAUAAAAAGAGGCCGAAAGUGGUGCACGAGUAAGGAGGCUGUAUUGUAACGUACUGGGGGUGUUUAAUGUAAAAGAAUGUUAAAACGGGGGUAUAUUUGGGAAAAGGGGUUAAAAAAAUCACUGUAGACAUUGCCGGCUCUGCAUUGAAGAGUUGUGUCUCUCAUACUUGUGAAUAUUUGUUCUAUUCUGUAUGUCUUAACUGAUCUUAAAGCCGUUUUAGCUGACGCAGGUGCUCGCAAAACAUAUGGGUGCAUUUUAUCUGUCUGAAUUGUUAAUGUUCGAGUUUGCCUUUCAAAUGAGUGGUUCUCAAAUUUGCCCCCAAAAAUGUUAUUGUAAUGUAUAUUAUAUGAUUAUUAUGCUGUCAUGAAUGGUCACAAGAAUGUAGCUGUUUUGUAAACGCCAGUGUUUUUUGCAGAUAGCCUGGAUAGCCAUCUAGACUUCUCUUUGUAUUCUAUAUAGAGUUAGUUAGUCUUGUGCUGCUUUGAUUGAAUGCUGUUUUAAAGUGGUACUAAACACCCAAUUUCAAAUAAAGCUGGUAACUCGGGCAGUACCUAAAGGGCGAAAUAGUGAUGGGAGAAGAGGGGCAAGGUCUAGAGGUUUAAGGAACAGUGUGAUUGGUCUAAGAGGUACUUGCAUUACAAACUAAGCCCCUGCAGCAAUGAGAUGUUUUUGCCUAGAAAGCUGCAAAUUUACCAAAAAGAACUAGGAACAGUACACAAAACUAAGUUAAGUAGCAAAAAACAUGCAUUGGGUAAACCACUCAGAGUAGUAUGACGUAUUUACCUGUUUAUUUUCCUCCCUAUGAGUGGAGACAGCUGGUACAUUAGCCUAAAUAGCAUUGCAGCCUUUUUAGAACUCGCAGAUAAUGUGGUAUUGUGAAGUAACAAAAGACAGAUCUAAUGCGGCUGACAUUUUUUAUUUGAAUGGUGGCAAGAAUACAUCGGAUGAGAUCAAACCUGACCUGGAACUGUCCCAGACUCACUUUCUCUAUACAGAAUACAUCAUGGACAAAGUCAGAUGACCAUCCAGGCAACCCAAAUAUGAGACGAGGUUCAAAACUGGGCCAUAUAGCUUUAGUAUUGUGAUAGAAUAUUCCUGAAGCCUACAUGUUGCUUCCUUUCCUUCAGGAGCAUUGCUUUUAUACCAGAUGCCCUCUCUCAAAACUACUCAAUUUAACCAGGCAUUGGACCAGCACAAUUAGCGAAUGCGAUGCCUCAACACACCAAGAUGUACGAUCGCAACAACACUGGCGUUUUCACAUUUAAGUCCUUGAAAUGUUUGGGAACCACUGCAUGCGAAAAAACUGUUAUGUUUUUGACAAAUUGCUAAAAUAUGAUAUUAGAUCGUUUUUAAAAAAGCACCCUUUGAAGACAUCAUUUCCAUCGGCUUGGGCUCUCGUGUGUGCAGUCUUGCUGUCUCAUCUGUCACACCUCACUCUUAGCUUGUAUAUACUGUAUCCUCCAAAACAGCUCACAUCCUAGUCUUGUUACACUAGGAGAGAUUAGCAAAAACGCGCGGUUCGGUUGACAACUGUACAUCGUGUCAUAUU